AUGGGGGCACGUGAUGGCAGCCAGCAGGGCCGCGGGCCACCCCCGGGGAAGGCGCCAGAGGGGCCCCAACUGCUCUCCAACCUCAGCCAGCGACCCGCGGCGAGGGCCUUCCUGCUGGACCGGGACAGGUGCGUGGUCCAGCGGCUGCUGCCCCUCACCCAGUACCCGGACUCCACAGUGCGCAGGGGCGGGGUCGUGGGGACGCUGCGAAACUGCUGCUUCGAGCACCGACACCACGAAUGGUUGCUGGGGCCCGAGGUGGACAUUCUCCCCUUCUUGCUACUGCCCCUGGCUGGGCCUGAGGACUUCUCUGAGGAGGAGAUGGAGCGGCUGCCCGUGGACCUGCAGUACCUGCCACCAGACAAGCAGCGGGAGCCUGACGCUGACAUCCGGAAGAUGCUCAUUGAGGCCAUCAUGCUGCUGACGGCCACAGCACCUGGUCGGCAGCAGGUGAGGGACCAGGGAGCCUACCUGAUUCUCCGAGAGCUGCACAACUGGGAGCCUGAGUCUGAUGUGCGGGGGACUUGUGAGAAACUCAUCCAGGUGCUUAUUGGGGAUGAGCCGGAGCGUGGCAUGGAAAACCUGCUGGAAGUGCAGGUGCCUGAGGAUGUGGAGCGGCAGCUGCAGGAGCUGGACCGCCAGGAGCAGGAGCAGUGCCUGCGGGAGCAGCAGGAGCGGGAGCUAUCUCCAGAGCCACAGGCGGAGGGGGCUGCACCCACCUGAGGCACCUGCACAGACCACCGCCAGCUCCAGGCCCACCUUGACGAGCCCACCCGUCCUGGCCUCCCAGAUCAGGCCUUCCUGCAGCUGCCUGCAGGCCUCUGGGUCACCUUGCUCCGAGGCUGUGCCCUACUGAGAAGCAGAGCUACGCUGAAGCUCUGGGUUCAUGCUGAGGGCUCUCGGGCUAAUGCCCCUGAAACAUUGGAGGGUUGCGGGCACCUCCCUGUGCCCUGUUGCUUGAGCAAAAAUGCAGCUGGUGCCUGGCCAGCGUGGUUCAGUGGUUGAGCAUUGACCUAUGAACCAGGAGUCACGGUUUGAUUCCCGGUCAGG